AUGCUGGUCGUGAAUGGUGAGAGCUUUGUGGUCUCAAACUUUGGCGAGUAUAAAGCAGUGGCAUGCAUAGAUGGACUGGCCGCCGACAUAGACAAGAUGCAUCUAAAAAAAAUAAAGAGAAAAUGGUCCAUAAAAGACCUAUGGCACCAAAUGUGCCUUAAAAAUGAUGGCGAGAAACCUGGAAGAAGCUCGAGAAUGAUCGUCGAAGCUCAGAAAGUAACAAACCAGAUCGAGUUCAUUAUCUUAGGAAGUGAUGGUGUAUGGGAGGUGAUGAACAACAAGGAAGCUGUGGACUUGGUAAGGCAUAUAGAGGAUGCUCAACUGGCAGCAGAAAGUCUGGCUCAGGAG